CCUGUCAACCCUAUGCCUCUGUCUUGGAUGGUAAAUGAGAUGAACUCUUCUGAUUAAAUGGGAUUUAUGCCAAUUUGUGAAAUAUAGUCUUCAUAUUUGAUAAGCAAAUAGUUUGUAAUUGACAUUGCGGCACUUGAAGAGCUUGAAGACAUCAAAGGAAAUGACAGAAACGUAUGAUUUCCUUUUUAAAUUCUUGGUGAUUGGAAGUGCAGGAUCAGGGAAAUCCUGUCUUCUCCAUCAAUUUAUAGAAAACAAGUUCAAGCAGGACUCCAGCCACACCAUUGGGGUGGAGUUUGGCUCCCGGGUGGUGAUGGUCGCCGGUAAGACGAUCAAGCUGCAGAUCUGGGACACAGCUGGACAGGAACGAUUCCGGUCAGUGACUCGUAGUUAUUACAGAGGGGCAGCAGGGGCUCUCCUGGUUUAUGACAUCACCAGUCGGGAAACGUAUAAUGCCCUGACCAACUGGUUGACAGACGCUCGAACGCUGGCCAGUCCAAACAUCGUCAUCAUCCUGUGUGGGAACAAGAAAGACCUGGAGGCUGACAGAGAGGUCACCUUCCUUGAGGCGGCCCGCUUCGCCCAGGAGAACGAACUGAUGUUCCUGGAGACGAGUGCCCUCACCGGAGAGAAUGUGGAGGAGGCCUUCCUUAAAUGUGGUCGCACCAUCCUCAACAAGAUAGAUUCAGGUGAGUUAGACCCGGAACGGAUGGGCUCAGGGAUCCAGUAUGGUGACACAACGGUGAGGCAGCUUCGCCAGUCGCCACAGGCUGGCUCAGCACAGGGCAGAGAUCAGUGCAACUGUUAAAGGCUAAUGCUAACCUAGCUCUAAGAAACACAGAACCCAUGUCUCCAGGCCCCGAUGUAAAUCUAUCUUCUAACAGUCUCUGCACACUCAGGCCUUUGGAGGACUGCCCUGUGACUCUUGACCCCUGCACUUGGACUACUUCUGGAGAGACUCUGUGUAAAAAUGUGGGCUGGGUUGUCACGGAGCUAUCUAGGUUGUCACGGAGCUACUCUCCUCCAGGCCUUUCUCUCUCUGACUACUGCUCCAGUCCGUGUCGCCAGGGAAUACAAGUGACAUCAGCAGAGAGGACUGAUCAGUCACAGAGCCAGGCCAAUGGACACACACAGGACAUUUGUUUUCAAUGUCUUUACUCAGAAGCAGCCACAGCAGCUCACAAACCUCUCACUGUUCAAACUCUGAUGGGACUGACAUGGUGUAAGGAGAACAUCAGAUGUUAAUUUGUAUCUAAUCUCUAUAAAAGUUAAGCCUAUUUAUUGGUUGUGUUGAAAGCUGUAAGAUAUUGUAAAUAUAUCAAAAGGAAAUAUAACAUUUAUGUGAUAUUUGUGUACAAUGUUUUAAUAGACUGAAAAAAAGCUGUGGACUUGUGGUAGUCACCGUGUACACAUACUGUAAUGUGUGAAUGUGUGUGUGAAAAUUGUUACAACGUUAAAGCUGGAAUCCUUAUCGGUGAAACGUCUUGUUUGCUCUAUUACAACAACAAAGAAGUUACUUCAAACAAUGAACACUGUUUUUUCCCCCUCAGACAUCAUUACAUGGCAGAGGAGGCUGGUGGGAGGAGCUGUAAGAGGAUGGGCUCAUUGUAAUGGCUGGAAUGGAGUCAAUGGAACAUAGUCAAGCAUAUGGUUUCCAUAUGUUUGAUACUGUUCCAUUCAUUAAAUUUCAGCCAUUACAAUGAGCCCAUCCUCUUACAGCUCCUCCCACCAGCCUCCUCUGUAAUGCAAUCAUGAUGGAACGGCAGGUUUUUUUAUUUUUUUUUACCACAAUGCGGGAUGCAUAUCCUCUGUUUCAAAACAAUAACAAAUGCGCCGAAAACAUUGCACUUUUUCACCUUUCGCAGAUCUCAGCUUUAAUAUCUUUGACUGACUAUCAUAAUCUCCAAGUUUGGGGCAAACAAAUAUGUAUUUUAAAUGUGUAAGGUGUUGUGCAAUGAUUACGAAAGGGUUAAGGCCAUAUCUAAAUCCAUUCUAACCAGAAUGUGAUUGAGUGAUAAUUGGUGUAUUUACUUGAUGUAAAGCACAAAUGUGAAAAUCUACAAUUUUUGCAUAUAUCUGGACUAUGAUCUUACGUAUGACCUGUCUAUCUAUAAAAUGUAUCACUAUGUGUGCUAGAUGUAACUGUUGAACAGAAGAACUGCCCCUCUUUGCAAAGCCUGUAUGAUCUUGAAUUAAUAAAUUAUUUAACCAAAUGUUCAUUAAACUUUCUACUGCUA